AUGGCGUCUCCAGCAGCGCAGUGCGCCCAGCUCCUGCUCGCGGCCGCCAGCGGCGACGCCAGGGUGCGUGUGCCGGCGCAAGAGCGGCUCCAAGAACUUGAGAGCCGUCCAGGGUUUGUUCCGGUGCUCUUGGAGGCUUAUGCUGAUGCCUCGAUCGAACCUCAGGGACGUUACCUUGCAGUGCUCAUGUGCAAGAACGUGGUCGAUCGUCAAUGGCAGCCGCGCGCUGGCACCUCCAUUGCUCCUGAGGAAAAGCACUUGGUGAAAGAACGACUGCUGCAAUUGGUGAAGGUGGCGACCGAGGGGCAGCUUCCGCACUUGGUGGAGUUGACGAUGGUCCUUCGCAGGGUUUGCCGCUUCGACUUUCCCAUGAAUUGGGAUGGCUUGGCACAUUUCCUACUGGCUGAGCUCAAGGCGCAACGUGAGCGAGGCUUCAGCGAAUCCGCCUUGGCGGUGGUCUUGGUCUUGCACCAAGUCCUCAAAGAGCAAAGCACCAAGAGGCUUCUGGCCGCGCGCCGCGAGUUCCAUCAACUGGGACCCUUGCUGGUGGAGCCGCUGGGUGGUGUCUGGGCGCUCAAGAUGGAACACCUGCGACAGCUGAAGACUCAAGGGUCCAUCGUGGAGGACCGGGUUUGGCGGCUCUCCCGGCAUUUGGACGGCUCCUUCUUGCUGCUCUUGGUCCAUGGUUUUGCGCAUCUCCACGAGCAGCCCACCGGUCCACAGAUGAUUCAGAUGGUGAAGGAGGAGGUGGAGUCACUGCUAGCCUUGUUGCAGUCUCACUCCCAACAACUCAUCCAAUGUCCCUUCUUCUUGAAAAACUUGAAGUCGGUGCUCAAAUGGUGGGCUUUACUUUUCCAUGCCCAUCCCUUGGCCUUCGCCCACGCGGACGUGUGUGGCGUUCUCCACUGCAGCGUCGAGGUUUUGCGAACGUUGACGGGCCUCCAAGUACCGCACGAGAUGCGGCCGUGGUUGGAGGGCGUGUUACGAAGUCAGCUCCUCAUGCUUUCGCACGGCUUCAACACAGUGAGCUUCCGCAAAGGUCCACAGCCCAGUCACCAGGGCCCUGCCUUGGAGGCAGCACAAGCGUGCCACCAGCAAUUCGGCGAAUUUGUCCGGCAGCACCCUGUGGCAGAGUUGUGCGAGUUAGCUUCUCGGGCAGCCCUGAAGCUUCCGCAGGAGGAGGUUCAAGAAUGGCUGCAAGAGCCGGAGGAUCAGCUCUUAGGUCCACAGUGCCAAACUGAGCUUCAUCAAGCAGGUGAAGCAUGCAUCAAGGCGUUGGGCCAGGCGCCCUUGGACGAGCCACUUGUGAAGCACAUCGCUCAGCGCAUGCAGGAGGAAUCGCAGUCCCCGGUCAGCCCCAACGAUCCCUUCGAGGUCGUCGUGCGCAAGGACAUGCUGCUGUCACUGUUGGCCUUGUGCCACUCGCAGCUGUUGCCGCACUUACAGUUCCAGGUGAUGCUGGCUGCCUUUGCGCCCAUUGCGCAGUUGCUGCCGCAUUUGUCGAGGUCAAGCGGUUGCUGUGCGGUGCUUCUCCCGGUGAGGCUUUGCAGCGUCUUGAGGGCGUGGGCCUCGGACAUUCCCAACGACUGCUUGAUGUCGGUCCUACAACUGCUUCAAGCCUUCUUGAGCGCCGAGAGCCCGAAGGCGGUGCGCCUGGCGGCGCUUUCUCCGGUGAGGGUGUUGCUGGAACGUUUCUCAGACCACGAGGCUUGGACGCAGGUUCAAAGUAACCUCAUUGACUCAACCCUAGCGCUCUUGAGCAUUGUGAGUAGCCCGGAGAUCCAAUGGCGAUGCCUCAACUUGGUGAACCUCUUCCUCGUGGAGGAAGCCGAGAGUGGCCGGUAUCAGGUCACCGAGCGAACCAUGCAGCAGCUCCUGGAGCUUUGGCGACGUCCGGAGGAGGGCGAAUUCCUCAUCCGCCACGCGCUGCUGGACGUGCUUCGGGCCUUGGUUUUGAUGUCCUGCCGCAGUCGCUCGCCGCGCUUGCCCUUGUCACCGCCCCUUCUGAGCUGCUGCUUGACGGUGAUCUCCGACUGCUAUGCGGUGCACCGAGGCCAAUCGAAUUCGGGCUACGAAGCCUCUGCAGCACUGCAGGCUGAUGCAGAGAGCGCUGCAGGUGCCUUGGGAGAUCAGGGCAGCGCCAGCGGAAGCCUCUUCGACUCUGGUAGUGCACUCUUCCUGGGCGUGUUGCGCACAGUCGAGCUUGAGCAGGCUGCGCCAUUGAUGCCCUUCUUCCCCAAGUUGCUGGCGCAGCAAGCCUCCCUGCAGGGGCCGCCGGCGGAAUGGACCAUGGAGAUCUUAUUGGAGUAUUGUGCUCUCCAUUGCUCUGGCGGCGCUGCCAGCCACUUGCUCCAAUUCUACCCUCCGUUGCUCCAAAUCUGCCAGACACAGCUCCAAGCUGCGAGCAGCGCGAGCACACGGACGACGGAGAUGAGUCUGCAGCUCUUGCAGCUGCUCCUGGCUCAUGCUCCCAACGCAGAGGCCUUACAGAAGACCAAGGAGGUGGUGGUGCCCUUGUGUCGCUGGUGGGCAACGACCUUUGACCCUUGGGCCACCAAGAGUGCCUUUGCGUAUCCCAUCACCACCUUCCUGGGGAUUCUCGGUGCCGGGGAUCCCACGUACAUCGCGACAAACGUGGCGCAGCUGGUGCGCUGUGAGCUGGCCUGGGGGGAGCGACUUUACCGAACAGGUGCGCUGGAAGACGAGGAAACGGCCGACUGUGGGGGCAUCGUCAAAAUCCAGCUUCCCAGCUCUGCCUUCCUUGACUGUGCAGAACGUCAUGGUGACCACACUCUUUUCAAGGAUGUUGACUCCCGAAACGUCAAGAUGAAGGAAAUCCAGGAAUACUUGAACCUCAUUGUUGGUCUCUAUGAGCUCUCCCCAGAAGGUAUCAUGAUCUCCGCGCCAGUUGCUGCAGCUGAUGAACCGUUUGCUGGUUCGACCAACGCAGCAGCUCCUCCUGAUGCGGCUGACACUCAGAUUGAUGCGCAUGACACCCAGGCAUACUGGCCACACUUGGUUGAUGAGUCAGUGGAGAUCAGUGAUGAUGAUGAUGCGGUGCCGACACAUGUUGCACCCAUGCCUCUUCCAGCUGAAGAGCCUGUUUGUGAUUCAGGGGACACGGAUGUGAUCAUGAUUGGCGGCUCUGCCAUUUUUGCUAUGCUUCCUUUGCCCAAGGCAAGCAAAGCUGAGGCCUUGGCCGAUGCAACCAUGGAUGGCCCAGCCAAUUUGGCUGAACCUGUUGAUUGGCAUCCGGCGAAUGCAUCUGGGGAGUUGCAGCCAGAGUCGAUGCCUUUGGCUUCUUCUGAGAUGCCGAUGGCUCCUUCUGAGACAAUGUUGCUGGAUUCCAUGCCUGUGGCCCCUGCCCAGGAAAUUGAGCCGUCUGAGAUGCCGAUGGCUCCUUCUGAGACAAUGUUGCCGGAUUCCAUGCCUGUGGCUCCUUCCCAAAUUGAGCCUUCUGAGAUGCCAAUGGAGUCAGAGCUUUUGGCCCCCAAGGCAGAGCCUCAGAUUGGCAAUGAAUCAACUACAAAUGGUCAUGGCUUGCCAAGCACAUCGCCUUCGGCAUCUGAUGAUCACAAGUCGUGUGCUUUGAAUGAUCAGUUGAAUCAGGAGCCUGAGUCUUUUUGCACUUUGCCUGUAUCUGUUCACAUUUGA